AACAACAACAACAACGUCUGUGUUUUACGUGCGUGAAAAUUAGUUAAGUUUUUUUGAAAAAAACUAAGUUAGCUCAAUCUAAGCGUGUUUUGGAUCAAUCCAUAUGCUGCGGGGGAGUGCGGGGCAAAGGGCUUUAAUCAGCAGGACAGGUCAAAGGGGUCCAGAAACGUGAAUUUAGCGAAAGUGAAAACGGGGCAGUGCUGUGGAAAACUGAACAAAACGGUGCCAAAAACGCAAAGAAAAGCUGCAAAAACGAACGGGCGAUAAAGCAGGGGGUGUAGUCAAACGCGGACAUAAAAGAUAAAGUCAAAUUAUUUUCGGUUUCAACCGAUUUGCCAUCGAAACAGCAAGAAGUAACCAUCCAAGAGCACACCCACACACGCACUCCUAAAACAAAUUGUGUACAUAUAUAUUGCGUAGUGCGGCGCUUGAAAAGCUGUUUCCAUUACCAUCUCUCCAUCGCGAACCCACUCCAAAAACCACUCCGCACAUGUCCUAUAUGAUGGCCAAAACGCUGGAGGAGCAGAGCCUGCGGGAAUGCGAGCACUACAUCCAGACUCAUGGCAUCCAGCGCGUCCUCAAGGACUGCAUCGUCCAGCUGUGCGUCUGCAGACCCGAGAAUCCCGUGCAGUUCCUGCGACAGUACUUCCAGAAACUUGAGCGGGAACAAGUAAAACUGGAUGCCAGUAGACAGGUAAUCAGCCCCGACGACUGCGAAGAUCUCAGCCCGAUGCCACAGACAGCAGCUCCACCGGUGCGCAGACGCGGAGGAAUCUCCGCCGAGCCCGUCACCGAGGAGGAUGCCGCCAACUACGUGAAGAAGGUGGUGCCCAAGGACUACAAGACGAUGAACGCCCUGUCCAAGGCGAUUGCCAAGAAUGUGCUCUUUGCCCAUUUGGACGAGAGCGAGCGUUCCGACAUAUUUGAUGCCAUGUUCCCAGUGAAUCACAUUGCCGGCGAGAAUAUCAUCCAGCAGGGCGAUGAAGGCGACAACUUCUAUGUGAUCGAUGUGGGCGAGGUCGAUGUUUUUGUUAACUCCGAACUGGUGACCACAAUCAGUGAGGGCGGCAGCUUUGGCGAACUGGCCCUGAUCUAUGGCACUCCACGCGCCGCCACCGUGCGGGCCAAAACCGAUGUGAAGCUGUGGGGCAUCGACCGCGACUCCUACCGCCGCAUCCUGAUGGGCUCGACCAUCCGCAAGCGCAAGAUGUACGAGGAGUUCUUGUCGCGCGUCUCCAUUCUGGAGAGCCUGGACAAAUGGGAGCGCCUCACGGUGGCCGAUUCCCUGGAGACCUGCUCCUUCGAUGACGGCGAGACGAUUGUCAAGCAGGGAGCAGCCGGCGAUGACUUCUACAUCAUCCUCGAGGGCUGUGCGGUGGUGCUGCAGCAGCGCUCCGAGCAGGGCGAGGAACCCGCCGAGGUGGGCCGUCUCGGUAGCAGCGAUUACUUUGGCGAGAUUGCUCUGCUUUUGGACCGACCACGUGCGGCGACCGUCGUGGCCCGCGGGCCGCUCAAGUGCGUCAAACUGGACCGCGCGAGAUUCGAACGCGUUUUGGGGCCCUGCGCCGACAUACUUAAACGCAACAUCACGCAGUAUAACAGUUUCGUUUCGUUGUCCGUUUAAGCCAGCAACAACGACAACAAUCACUACAAGAAAUCAACAAAAAAGAACAGCAGCAGCAAAAAAAAAAAAACAAACAACAA